AUGGUCCCCCCAGGGAAGAAGCCAGCCGGAGAGACUUCCAACUCGAACAAGAAAUGCAAACGCUAUUUCAACGAGCACUGGAAAGAAGAGUUCCCUUGGCUGGAGUUUGACUAUGAGCGAAAGCUGAUGUUUUGCUUGGAGUGUAGGCAAGCCCUUGUCCGGAAUAAGCAUGGCAAGGCAGAGAACGCCUUUACCGUGGGCACCGACAAUUUUCAGCGCCAUGCAUUGCUGCGCCAUGUGACUUCUGGGGCUCACCGCCAGGCCUUAGCUGUCAACCGAGAACAGCUGGCAUUUGAAGGUUGGGCAGGGGGAAGUGGUGGGUACCACCGAAACCUGCCCCUGCACUCAGCAGGCAUGGCUGCCGCCUCCUCCAUAGCGCCCAUCAAGGUGGAAGUGAACCCUGCCAAGGUGGCUGUGCUGACCACUGUUUACUGCAUGGCUAAGGAGGAUGUGCCAGAUGACCGCUGCCCUGCUCUACUGGAGCUUCAGAGAUUCAACCUUUGCCAGGCACUCCUGGGCACCGAGCAUGGCGAUUACUACAGCCCAGGCAGCGUGAAAGACAUGCAGGUGGCCAUUGCCAGGGUCCUGCACUCUGAAGACCACCAGCGGCUGAAGGCAUCCCCAUUUGUGGGACUAGUGCUGGAUGAGGUUGGGGAUGGUCCAGAGCCUCAUAGCCUGGCCCUCUUUGCCACCUCGGUGUCCCCCUUUGAUGGUCAGCCCGCCAGCACCUUCCUAGGAAGUGUGGAGCUAGCGGUAGGGGAGACCCCAGCUGGCCAGCUUCUGGACAUUCUGAAGUCCUUUGGUGUGCCUGCGCCCAAGCUGGCCUGGCUUGGCUCAGGACUCCCAAGUGAACGUCUAGGUGACCUAGGCCUACAACUUCGGGUCACCUGCCCGCUGCUGGCCGAGCUCCAUUGCCUUCCGAGCCGGGGUCACUCAGAAGCCCCUACCUAUGUGCGCGAGUACGAGAGUGUUCUGGAUGCCCUGUUUCGACUCUAUGGCGGCUCUGGGGCCCACGGGGUCCCAGAGCUCCGGGCAGCACUGGACCUAGCAGCCGUCAAUCUGACAGGACCACAGAGGGUGCCCUGGGCAUCUGUUUUGCCAGCUGUAGAAGCUGUGGCUGCCUCCUGGCCUCAACUUGUGCCCAUGCUAGAGGCUUCUUCCCCCACUUCUCCACCCACAAAGGCAUUGGCUCUUGCCCUCCGGCGGUUCACCUUCAUUGCCUUCACCUACCUCCUCUUGGACAUUUUGCCCACUCUACAGAAGCUCAGUCUCCUUCUUCAGCCUGAGGAUCCAGAUUUGGCCUUGCUCCAGCCCCUGGUCAUUACCACUGCUGCCUCCCUGCAGGCUCAGAGAGGCUCAGAUGGACCCUAUUUUCAAAGCUUCCUGCAGGCACUGGCCACCCCAAGCCCAGCUAGCAAUGGGGAUGGUGACCGCUAUUGCUAUCAAGGUGUGGAGUUGACAGACUGCUCCCCAGCCACUAUCCAGAGCUUUGAGGACCUCCGGGGGUCUUUCUUGGCCUCUCUCAGGAGAGGCCUGUGGGACUCCUUCCCAGGUCCCUCUCUGGACAUUGUGGCUGCAUUCGCUUCCAUCUUUGAUGGUCGACGCUACCCACAGUCCUUAGAAGAGCUGGGAGCCCACGGGGAAGGAGCUCUUCGGUUACUGCUCCGGGCAUAUGCCUCUGUGGUGGUUGGUGAGAGAGCACUGAGUGACUUCCCACUCUUUAAACGCAUUGUCUUCAGUUUGGGCCGGCUGGGCCCAAGAGACCUCUGCUGCAAGCUAGUCUGUGCCCACUCAGAGUUACAUGAGCUCUUUCCUGACUUUGCCAUCCUGGCUUCGCUAGUCUUGGUCCUUCCUGCUGGUGCCAGCCUUCUUGACAAGGUUGCCCGAAGCCGGGAGCUUCGGUGGUGGGACCAGGGAAGGGGAGAGGGAGGUGAUGGCCAGGGGAACCAUGUUGUGAAGAUUGCCGUGGACGGCCCUCCACUCCACGAAUUCGACUUUGCUUUGGCCAUUGAGUUGUUUGAGAGCGGUGGUGGUGGGUUGGAAUUUUUGGGCACGUAGAUCAAAUGAGAAGGCCUCAUA